CCCUUUGAGAAAAUUCUCAGUGAUUGGGUGAAUGUACUGCUUCACUUCGACAUCGUAGAGAAUCCUACGUGUAGAGCUCCUUUUGUACUAUUCGAAUCAGUGGGUUACAAAAGAAGAGACGUAUAUUGCAGUACACAGAACUGCCCAGAGGAGCCAAUAACAAAAUGGCUCCCAACCCAAAGGGAGAAUCCGAGUGUGUCAGCCAUGACACACCCGAUAUUGAGAAUCUCUUAGCUUUGAAUCCCAAGAUCAAGCCCUAUGCCAAUGCUGUUCCAUCCGUGGUGACCAAGAAGAACAAGAAGUUGUGGAAGAGAAACUCCGACAAGUCCGAGAAUCUCAACAGUUGCGGGUCCUGUAGCGAUACACUCUAUAAGAAUUUUGACGAUAUCAAGCAUACAACAUUAAGUGAACGAGCUGCCUUGAGGGAGUCCAAUCGGUGCUUGAAAUGCGCGGAUGCUCCUUGCCAGAAGUCAUGUCCCACCCAAUUGGACGUCAAAAGCUUCAUCGGAAGCAUUGCCACCAAGAACUAUUAUGGGUCGGCGAAGGCCAUUCUGUCGGACAAUCCCUUAGGAUUGACCUGCGGUAUGGUGUGUCCCACAUCUGACCUUUGCGUAGGUGGAUGCAACCUGGAUGCUAGCGAAGAAGGGCCAAUCAACAUCGGGGGUCUCCAGCAUUUCGCUGUUGAGAUGUUUCAAAAGAUGAGGAUCCCACAAGUUUUGCCUCCAGACGUGCCCAAUCCUCUGCCAGAAUGUUACAAGUCGAAGAUCGCGCUUUUGGGAUGUGGUCCAGCCUCGAUUUCCUGUGCGACGUUUUUGGCAAGAAUGGGUUACAACAACAUCAUUGUUUACGAGAAGGAGGAGUUUGUGGGCGGGUUGAACACCUCAGAAUUGCCGUCCUACCGAUUACCAUAUGAUGUGGUAAACUUUGAAGUGGACAUGAUGAAAGACCUGGGAGUCAAGGUGGAGAAUGGGCGUUACUUGGGUCAGAAGGAUCUAACCCUGGAGAAACUUCACAACGAAAUGGGCUGCCAAGUGGUCUUUAUUGGGAUUGGGAAUCCCGAGCCCAAGAAAAUCCCCAUUUUUGAGCCUUUGACCGAGGCCAAUGGUUUUUUCACCUCAAAGGACUUCUUGCCCAAAGUGGCCAAGGCCUCCAAACCUGGCAUGUGUAACUGCAAGUCUGGCCUUCCAGAGUUGUACGGGAAUGUCAUUGUCCUAGGAGCAGGUGACACGGCCUUUGAUUGCGCCACAUCUGCUCUCCGCUGCGGAGCCAAACGGGUCUUUGUGGUCUUCCGAAAAGGCUUCACCAAUAUUAGGGCUGUUCCUGAAGAGAUGGAACUGGCCAGAGAGGAAAAGUGCGAGUUUCUACCGUUCAUGGCUCCGAUGGAAGUGGUCCAACGCUCAGAUGGUCGAGUGAGCCACUUGGUCUUGGCCAGAACUGAACAGAACGAUGAUGGAACUUGGUUCACGGAUGAGGAACAGACCAUGAAGAAGAAAUGCGACUUUAUCAUCUCAGCCUUCGGAUCUGGUCUCUACAGUGAAGACCUCAAAUCAGCGAUGAGCCCGGUCAAACUAAACCGUUGGGGAACGCCCGAGGUGGACACCCUCAAGAUGACCACAUCUGAGCCGUGGAUUUUCUGUGGUGGAGAUCUAGCUGGUACGGCUGAGACAGCCGUGGAAGCGGUCAAUGAUGGUAAAAUCGCCGCGUGGUCUAUACAUCGCUACCUCCAAGGGCUUUUCAAGGUUGAGAUUCCGGAGGAGCCCCGUCUCCCCAAGUUCUUUACCGCUAUAGAUGACGUGGAUCUGAGUGUUGAAAUGUGCGGCUUGAAAUUUCCCAAUCCCUUCGGACUGGCUUCAGCUCCACCUGCCACCACGUGGCCCAUGAUUCGACGAGGUUUUGAGGCUGGAUGGGGCUUUGUGGUCACCAAGACCUUCAGUUUGGACAAGGACAUUGUUACCAAUGUUGCACCACGUAUUGUUCGGGGAACCACCUCUGGACACACCUUUGGCCCGGGACAGGGAUCGUUUUUGAACAUUGAGCUCAUCACGGAAAAAACUGCUGCCUAUUGGUGCCAAGGCAUUGGUGAGAUCAAGGCCGAUUUCCCCACACAUGUGAUCAUUGCCAGCAUCAUGGCCUCAUAUAAUAAGGAAGAUUGGCAAGAGUUGGCCAAGAUGGCCGCCAAUGCAGGAGCUGAUGCUCUUGAGCUCAACCUCUCCUGUCCUCAUGGCAUGGGAGAGCGAGGUAUGGGUUUGGCUUGUGGACAAGACGCCAAACUUGUGAAGAACAUUUGCCAAUGGGUCCGGGAAGUGAUCACGAUUCCAUUCUUCGCCAAGCUCACUCCCAACGUUACCAACAUUGUGGUGAUUGCCUCGGCCGCCAAGGAAGGGGGAGCUGAUGGAUGUACUGCCAUUAACACAGUGUCUGGGCUCAUGGGCCUGAAUUCAAAGGGUAAGGCCUGGCCAGCAGUUGGUGUGGAGAAGAAAACCACUUAUGGUGGGAUGUCUGGCAAUGCCGUUCGACCAAUGGCUCUUCGUGCCGUCUCAGCCAUAGCCAAGGCCCUACCAGGAUUUCCCAUCUUGGCCACAGGUGGAAUCGAUUCCGGGGAUGUGACUUUCCAGUUCCUGCAAGCAGGAGCUUCCGUCAUGCAAGUGUCGAGUGCCAUUCAGAAUCAAGACUUCACCGUGGUUGAUGACUACAUCACUGCGCUCAAGACCUUGUUGUACUUACAGGCUAUCGAUGAAUUGGAUGACUGGGAUGGGCAGAGCCCACCCACUGCCAGGACGUACAAGGGCAAAGCGGUGAUCAACCUUCAAGACACAAUUGGAUCGAACAAGCCGUUGCCCAAUUUUGGCAAGUUCGCCAAACAGAAGGAGGAGGCCUUGGCCAAGGUCAAGAAAGAGUCGGACCUCCUUCGAGAAAAUAAGGUUCAUAGCUAUCGUCCGGGCUAUAAACCUCAGAAGAAAAUUCCAAGCGUUCAAGAAGUGAUUGGUCGAGCUCUGGAUUCGAUUGGAACCUACAAUGACUUAGACAAUAAGCAACACGUGGUGGCUUUGAUUGACCCCGAGAUGUGCAUCAAUUGCGGAAAAUGCUACAUGACUUGCAACGAUACCGGUUAUCAGGCCAUCGAAUUCGAUGCCGAAACACAUAUUCCCUUUGUGAAAAACGAUGCUUGCACUGGAUGUACUCUGUGCUACUCUGUGUGUCCCAUCAUUGAAUGCAUCAAGAUGGUUCCUCGAGAGGACAUCUACCAACCGAAACGUGGAAUUGAUCUGGACGAGAGCUGGACACCAAGAUUGCCCGGCAUUCAACUUCGAAGUGGAACCAACAAUCAACUGGCCUGUCAAGAUGGCCAUUUAACCGUGGAAGACAAGUAGAUGGUCUUCAAUGGCCACUUAUCGAUGGCCCGUGUGUACAGUCCUGAGUAAUAAUUGAAAUAAAGAGCAUAUUUUUAAUGAA